GCGCGGCGUUGUGCGGCGUGGCGCGGUGUGCCGCGGUGUUGUGCGGUGUUGUGCGGCGUAGCGCGGUGUGUCGCCGUUUGUCGCGGUGUGUCGCGGUGUGUCGCGAUGGUGAAGCUCACGGCGGAGCUGAUCGAGCAGGCGGCACAGUACACCAAUGCCAUCCGCGACCGGGAGCUCGACCUGCGCGGUUAUAAAAUCCCUGUUAUUGAGAACUUGGGUGCCACUCUGGACCAGUUUGAUGCAAUUGAUUUCUCUGACAAUGAGAUCCGCAAACUGGAUGGAUUCCCGCUGCUGCGGAGGCUGAAAACUCUCCUGAUGAAUAACAACAGGAUUUGUCGGAUUGGUGAGAACCUGGAGCAGGCUCUGCCCAGCCUCACGGAGCUCAUUCUUACCAACAACAACAUUGCUGAACUGGGUGAACUGGAUCCGUUAUCAACUAUUAAAUCAUUGACUUACCUGAGUGUUCUAAGGAAUCCUGUAACAAAUAAGAAACAUUACAGAUUAUAUCUAAUUCAUAAAGUUCCCCAGGUCAGAGUGCUGGAUUUUCAAAAAGUGAAGCUCAAAGAGCGACAGGAGGCAGAGAAAAUGUUCAAGGGCAAACGGGGUGCACAGCUUGCAAAGGAUAUUGCCAGGAGAGCAAAAACCUUCAAUCCAGGGGCUGGUCUGCCAACUGACAAAAAGAAAACUGGGCCCUCCCCAGGGGACGUGGAGGCAAUUAAGACUGCCAUAGCAAACGCCACAACCUUGGCUGAGGUGGAGCGGCUGAAGGGUUUGCUGCAGGCUGGACAGAUCCCCGGCAGAGAGCGGAAAUCAGGCCCAUCGGAGGACGGCGAAGAAGAAAUGGAAGAGGACACAGUGCCAAACGGAUCGUAGCCCGGGCCCUGUCACGCUCCAGUCCUGCCCAGGAGCCCUUUCCUGUCCCGUGCCGUGCCGGUGUUCCCGGCGGGGCCCCGUGGCCCCCGUCCUCGUGCAUUUCGUUGUUCAAUAAACGAACGAUCCCUUUUUC